GCUAUUUGAUUCAUAUUUUAAACACAUCAAAGCGCGUUCCGUCGUGGUCUGUGCCCUUUUCUGGAGCGGACGGGCAGGAGGAUGCUCUGGCUGACUCACGGUGUAAUUAGUUUUCUGUAGAUUUGAACUCCUGUGCGCCUAGUCUAUCAACUAUUUGUUUUCCACAUCAGAAAUAAACUUUUCAACGUGGGUGUUGUCGGUCGUGAUAUAGUUCCCUGUGUUAAAAAAAAUGCGUAAAUUUGACCUGGGACCCUGCCGUAUCUAGACGUGAGUAAAAAAAAAAAAAACAGUCUGCUUAAGCGGACGCUUAAGACACACCUUUAGACAUAGAUUGAACGUGUGAUAACAUGACCGAAAGCUGAAAUCUUGAUUGUUUUCAAAUGCUUGAUAUCAAAUGGCUCUUAGCGUGUUGGAAUAACAAAGACAAGUUUGAAGUCUCAAAGUUGAUCUCACAAAUCUUUCAAAACUAAAUAAUGUAUUAAUUGAUCUUGACAAAAUUCCACAAAACCUGUUUGUUUUUUUUCCACGCAGCAUGCCUGUGCGUCAACGCUCCGUAGAAAUAUGGAUCUCCAAAAAGAGAUCCAUUAUUAUAUUUUAUCAAAAAGAGAGGUUUAUCAGUGGAGCCACACUUUUUACGCACGCUUGCUUUGUUCAUGUGAACGCGCACUCCUUGCUCUUAAAUGGCUUAUUUUUAGGUGAUAUCACGUGGGAGGUGGGGCUCAUCAUGAUAACUUAUUUAAGGCUCCAAUGGAUACAGCCUGAGCUCCAAACUUCCAGAUGCACCUAAAGAUGAACUCCCCCCUGGCUCCUAGAUUGACUUGCUUGGUCCUCAUCUUCGUGAUUUUUUACGUUGAGUUCCUCUCAGGAGACAACAAACAUGACAUCAGUGCCAGAGGUACCUGUGAAGGAGCUAAGUCUGGGAACCCCAACAUGCACUGCUGCAAUCGGACGCUUUACUCUCCGGAAACAGACACUUGCUGCAGAUAUGACAGAGAGUAUAUAACAGAAGGCCUCAGUGAAAAGGUGUCCAGAUGCUGUGGACCCAAAGCUUACCUCCCUCUCAAUGAAAUUUGUUGUCAUUUUACACUCCAACCUAAACCUUCACCCAUGGCCAAGUGUUGCGGUAAAGUGGCGAUUGAUGGCUACAAUGAGCUUUGUUGUGGUGAGAACAAGACACUGACCAAGAUUUCUCCCAAUCAUCGGUGCUGUCACGAAGGCCAGUACAACAUACAGACUGAGUGCUGCUGUGACAAUGGAGAAAUACAAAGAAAAUCCAAAGAUUCAGACUGCUGUGUAAUCGAUCACCCAAACAAAGAAGAAGAGCACCACAGAGCUAAACCUAAGACUCAUUUUUGUGGAACGAAGCCUUAUGAUCCAAAGAGAGAGCGCUGCUGUCAGAAAAAACAUGGAGACAUAAACAAGCAGUGCCCCUCAGGUCUAAAUGCUUCAUCUGCUGUGUACGACCCAAACACAAGAAUCUGCUGUGAUGGCUGUUUGUCAAGGCUGACUCCGCUGAAGGAUCAAUGCUGUGGAGACACACCGUACGGUUUGGCAGAGAAGGGAGUCCUCUGCUGUAAAAACACCUUGUUUGAGGACAGAGAGGAUGGAGAGGAGUGUUCGGAGAGCGGAGUACCUUACAGACCCUUAACAGAGACUGUGUGUGCUUCUAAGCAGCAUAGCGCUGCUGGAGGACACUGCUGUGGAGAGGAAAUCUACCAGCCAACGACAACUAUCUGCUGCAAAGGACAAAGACACAAUCGAACAAAACACAUCCGUUGCUGCGGAGUACACGCCUACAACAUUUCUGACCAUUUACAGAAGUGCUGCGAAGGAACACUGCAUAACUUGAAGGGAAAGGGAGACAAGUGCUGUGGAUCUGCGUUGGUGAACACAACGGACAUUUGCUGUACAAGUGAGGAACAAUCCUUGUCCUACCCAGCCAAGGCUGGAUUUCAGUGCUGUGGACACAACUACUACAACUCUAGUCUGUGGUCAUGCUGUGCAGGCAAACUGAGUCCAGUACACAAGACCGUUCAGCAAAAACCCAUGACAAAUGAAUCCAAACUUCUACUGGUGAACAAUCUGGACAAAACACAACUUUGCAGUGAAAUAUUCAUCGGAAUUGUGGAAAGCGUGUCACAGAGCGGCAUUGUGUUUAGCAACUUGCUGAAAAUCAAUGGAAGAGAUGCCACAGUGGGACCAGAUGUUUUCACCUUGAAUGUGACUGAUAAGUGCAAGUUCCUCAGACUGACUGUUGGAAAGACCUACUUCUUCAAUGACAUGGACAUCUUUACUGAUUUCAACCACGAGUCUGUCCUGCAGUUGCUGCAUUUUGUUCUGUCAAAAUGUUCUCAGUAGGAUACCACUGGCUGGUAUGGUCCUACGCAUAUUGCCAAUAUUUUACCUAGAAUUGGUAAAUAACACUUAACACUAUAACUCAGACAUAGCCAUAUUACCUUAUUUACAAUAUAUGUGACUUUAUCCAUCUCGGACACAUACAGUGCUGAUGUUUUAAGCUCAAUUUAACAUUGUGUGAUGGUGCUGCCUAACUUGCCAAGUCAGAAAGUCAUUUAACUUUAAGAGACUCCUCACAGAGUGCAUCUUUAAUCUGCUAAUUUCCUUCAUGCUUGAAAAUAGCCUCAAUUAACAAAGUCAGACAAAAGCUAUAGUAGUACAAGUGAUACUCAAUCUGAACAUUUAACAGUUUAGAGACUUGAACCCAGGGCCUUAGAUGUUGACUUAGUAGGUGCUCUGAGAGGACUUUACUAGCCUGACAUUCUCAUAAGCUAAACUAGAAUCAACUAAUGUGUUUGUAGUGAAAAAUAUAUUUUGCCAUAUUGAAUAUCUGCUACUUUUAUUUUUGCACUGCACCCUCACAAGAGAAUGAAUUUAUUUUAACUUAACUAAUAAAGCUAAAGAGAUAUUUAAUAAAGCACGUCAGGUAUGUGAAUGUGCAACAACCCCAAACCUGCCUUAAAUAAAAGAUAAAGAAAAAAAAUACUUUCAUAUCCUUUCCAUCAAAUAUAUAUAUAU